AUGCUAUUAAGUUGUGAGGCGGCCACACAGACCACCCAGACUUCCCAGUCCGCACUGGCCGCCCAGUCCUCUCGGACCCAGACAGUGACCCUCCGGCAGGGAGGUAGAGGCCCUCGGCGACCCCGGCCCUCCUCCAUGGUGGACUACCAGAGCUACAGACACACCCAGCAGCUGGUCAGUAGGUUCCUGGAGCAGCCAGUCCACUGCAGCCUGACCCCCGAGGUCCAGGAACUGGUGGACAGCAUCCGCAGCGUGCUGCGCUCUGACCAGAAACAAAUGGAGGAGGCCGUACGCUGUCUGCAUAGAACAGAUAGAAGGUAUAUAGAACAGGUGAUCACAGUAUCAGAGAGUGCAGCUAUCCUCCAGCCCCUCUCCCUCCCCAGGCCCCGCUCCAGACCCAGUGCCCCCCUGUUGAACUGUUCCUACCAGACCCUGCCCCAGCCCCUCCGGAAGAGACCCUGGCUGCUGCACCUCGGGAGCUGUGGGGACCUCAGCACCUUCACCUGGGCGGAAAAGCAGCCGCUAGAGGACAGGCAGGGUGGUGGCUCUGGCUCCAGGUCCUGGUCUAGAGCGGGUUCUAGGGUGGGUUCUAGGUCGACAUCACGGGCAGGGUCACACCUGGAUCAUCGCGAGCGCCCCCACAGUCUCAUAGGGGUGUUCAGGGAAACUGUGCUCUGAUGGAACUCUGUUAUCGCAUCUCAAAACCUCCCUAGCGAAGAAAUAAUGGUAUGCUCCACUGGGGGAAAACAGCCCAUUUGACUCCAAGUGAAGUGCUCCUACUAGUGGUGAGGUUUGGGACUGCCACUGCUAAAGUUAGUGGAGAAAAGUCCCACAUACUGCAAGGAUUAGCCUUUGGAUGCAUGGGAGUGUGUGGUUGUGUAUGAGAGUGUCUGUAUGUGUUUUUUAUUUUUUAUUUGUGCUGUGCUAAUAUUGUUGAAGUGUUCAGUACAGAUGUUUGCAUCGUGAGAGAAUAUUUCCCAUGAACUAUUCUUUGCUAUACAACCUGUUCUAAAAUGAUUGGCACUGAACAUAUGGCUAGACAGCACCUGCCCCUUUGCCCUCCCACUCGCCAAGUCCCAUUUUGGGUGGCGGUAUACUUGUUUUUUUGAAUACCGUUUUUGACGUUGUUGUUCUGAACCCACUGUCCGCAGGUCAUCGUUAAGUUCGCCACCCCCACCCCGUCUGUUGAUUGCACAUGUUGGUCUGCCUUGUGCGGAGCUUGGGCAUGCCCGGGUUGUGCCUGUUUCCCAGUCUGCCCUGCCACUUGAUUUUACAUAAUCAUCAGUACUCGGUCUGGUUGGCUGAUACGUGCAGCAGCAACACAGGUAGUCUUGUACCUAACCACCAUAUACUAAAAUAUCCACACAUGUCACUAGCAGCCAUAUACUGGAUCAUGAGUUAGACGAUUGUGCAUAUUCUAUUAUGAAGUUAUUUAAUAAUUUAAGAGCAUUUAUUGAUCACAAUCAGUAAAAAAAUAAAUCAAGCUAGCUAACUAGCAGUUUAACGUCAAUCAUCAACAAUGAUCAGCUGAAUCCUCACCCUAUUUUCCCGUAGUCAAUCAUGUAUUUUUCUGAUGAGUGUGUUGUUGCAGAAAUAAAUAGGCUUAUGCAAAAAAAAGUUUGAAUGGAUUUCAAGAUUGAAAGUCUUUUUUUUUUCUUCAGUCUGUGCACGACCCUGCUAGACAGCAAUUUGUCACUGAACAAUAAGAGCUAGAUUCAAUCCAACCUGCAUCUUUCAAAGGAAAUGUUUCCACAUUUGCGGUAAACGCUAUAUAUGUCUGCUCAAUUGAAAAUUUAGGCCUAACUGGAAGGAGAACUGCAUGUGAGUCUAUGGAAGGAAGAGUCUCUUUCUACACUUCACUAUCUACCCAGGAAAAUUCAGUUCUACCCCUUCUUGCCUGUAAUGUUCCAAAUCAUGUGCAUUUGCAAUGUUCAAAAUGAAUUACACUGGUCAUACAAUGCAAGAGUGUUUAGUCUUGGGAUGCUAAAUUUAGCUUCAAUUCAUUCAAUCAAAUCCUUUAGACUUGAAUUCAACCCAAUGCGCAUUAUAGAGCAGUGCACUGGACAGCGACAAUGUGCCUUUUAAAGGCAAUGUCCCUAACGUUAGCAGAGAUGCCAUUCAUGGUAUAAAUGCUGCUGAUGUUCCCAUGCUUAAUUACCUUUAAAAGGCACAUUGUCGGCUGUCCAGUACAUUGCUCUAUAACACACCUUGGAUUGAAUCCUGGCCUUUAAAGACAACAAAAAGUGUGUGGUCCAGUGGUUACAGCCGCUGACCCCGGCACACACAUGUAUGCCAGUCGGCAUGGGGUCGAAUCUGGCCCACUGCCCUUUAACUCACGCUUCCCCAUCUUCCACGCUGUAGUACCUCUUCAAUAAAGAAAACAAAAGGACUGCCGCACUCUUUAAAAAUGAAAGUGACAACAGUACUGUCCUUUUGCAAGUAGUUUAUUGUUGUAAAUACUGUUACAAACAUUCCAGUUCUGGUAAGGUAAUGUAGUUCAAUAACUGUAACAUCACAGAAAAGCUAGCAAAUAAAUAAACAUUGCCAUUGCUUUACAGAAAGUGUUUUUUUUUUAGAUUAAUUACAUUCAAAACAGUGCAUUAUAAACACUAGUUAUCCCACCUUUCAGUCACCAUCUACUCAAGUGUAUGUUUGCUACGAUCUCUUUACAAAGUACAACUUUUUUUGCGGGGGAGGUCUACAGUAAUAUGCCCCUGUGUUUGUGACCUUGUGCGCUCGUCAAAUAUGUACAGUUAUGUAUUUUCACACAAAUCAACUACAUCUCUAGUUCAUAUGAAACCCCUUCUUUCCGAGUCACAUUAAGGGCCCUUGCCAUCAGUUUGAAUUCUCUUUUCACGUUACUUGUUAUCCAUUGAAGCUUGCUUAUAUGGUCAAUCCAAACACACAAAUAACCAUUAUAAGUAUAUAUACCUUUAUAUAUAUAUUUAUGUAUAUAUUAUGUAGUCCAGCUGGUUUUGGUUGAACAUGGAGUAAAGAAGUUGUCAUUACACACCACACACACUAGAAGCAGGAAUG